CCUUAAAGUCGAUUAAAAUUUCAAUAUUAUAACCAAGUACCACCAGGAAGUAUCUUUGGAAAAUGCAAAAUUAAGCAAACAGUUUGAUUUUUUAGAUUUAUUAGUGAAAUAUGCAUUUUGAUAAAACAGUUUUCUGAAAAGGAAUAAUAAAACUACACAUCUGACGCAGUUGUAUAUAAUAAAACUGCUUUAGAUUACACACAAGUUGAAAAUGCCGAUUGUAUACGCGAAAUCAGCUGGUGUAUCACCUGUGAUUUGUGGAGACAAGCGUUGAUUGGGUUUCAUACAAGUCCAUGGGAAGUGAAAUGGCAUCAGCUUCAAUCAUGGGAAUGGCCAAAACAUCACAUGAAUCUAGUUGAAGUAUUUAUGCUGCAAAAUUGGGAUAAAGCUAACUUGAAUGCGAAUGAUUUAUCAGUGGCGUUAACCGUGUGGCAAAAGUGUUUAGUCUUUCCUGCCACACUGAGGCCUUUGGCUAAAACACUUCGGAAAAGCAGGAAAAAAAUAGCUCACACAACAUCGCUAGAUGAAAAUCACAAACAAACUGUGUUUAAUGACAUAAAACAGGUUAUUCAACACGCGGAUGUGGUCAACUACUUACAUAAUCCCGUCGAGAUACAAAACAGUAUCACUGACCUUGAAAAUGGUGACCUUUUUGAAUUUGAAAACGAGUUAAGAGAAAUAAUGAACAACACAAAUGAAGCAAAAGAGAGACCACGAACAAUUCUAUGGAUUCUCAUAGCAGUGUGCAUAGCCAUUUUGGCAAUUGCACUGAUGUUUAUGCAACAAGGGUUACCGAUGAUCUUCACUAUACCACAAUUCAAACCAUCCAUGGAGAAAACGGGUUGUCUGCAGGAGUAUUCGCCUUUGUUUCCAACAUCGCCGCUGCUUGUAGAUUUCUUCAAACAUCAUAAACCCCUCGUUGUCCGGGUAUGGAUGUUUCAGUUAUUGGACGAACACCUGAAAAACACAAAGAAAAAUGGCAUUCUAUUCGAAGCUGACAUGGGGUAUGGAAAAUCUGCUAUUGCUGCUCACAUAACAUGUGCCAAAGAAGGUGAUCAAGGUAUCGAUAUGAGAAAACGUCUUAUUGCUUUUCAUGUUUGUAAAUUUGAUGUUAAGAAAACACACCAGACAGGAGUUUUUAUUCAAAGAUUAGUUUCAAUGAUUUCAAACAAUAUUCCAGAAUUUAGUCAGAUUAUUAACGAAAAAUGUUUACAGUCCUUCAAAACCGGUCAAUGCGACUCUGACCCGUUUGGUUGCAUAGAUGAAUGCAUCAUUUUCCCUUUAAUACGAACGAAAAUAUCCGAUGGAAGUGAAGAAUAUAGGCUCAUAAUAAUCGAUGCUUUGGAUGAAUGCUAUGACACAUUUUCAUUUGAAAAAAGUAACAAAAUAUUCAAUCUCAUGGAACGUCGAGCAAAAAUGCUGCCAAGCUGGAUCAAAUUACUUAUAACAAGUAGACGGCUACCACGUAAUGAAAGACUUGAAUAUAAUUUAGACAGAAUUUACUUUCAUACCCUCGAUUCCCGGAAUUUAAAUGACAUUGAUCUAUUUUUCAACCAGUCUUCUAGAGAAAAGAACGUCACAUUUUUCCAGCUUGCUGUUAAUGCAGAUCUUACACAGCCGAACCUAAUAGGCAAUUUGAAUAGGUAUUAUCGAGACCAGUUUGAUAGAUGGUAUGAUCACGGGUUCGAUUUUUCGAAAUCCAUUUUAGAAGUGGUGGUGACAACUUAUCUUAAAAAAACUCCAGAGAAUAUUAGGGAAGUGAUUUCUUUAAAUGCUGUCGAAAAUGUAUCACUUUCCAUGUUUGAAAAUGAGCUAUCCAUUAUACGACAGUUCACAGAUAUCAUUGAUGGCGAAAUUGAGUUCAAACAUUUUUCGUUGUUUAAGUGGCUGGAAGAAGAGUGCCCCGAUGAGAAAUAUUGUCUGUCCCUUUCUAAUGGUCAUCAGGCAAAUGCGCAUUUUAUUCUGCAUGAACUGAACACUUCUAAUAUUACUUUUGAUGUCACCAAUUUACUUUUACACAUACAAUCUGCUAAUGAUGGUUCAGGUUUACAAGAACAGUUCAUGAACAUACCUAAAGAAGCCAUCUCUAGAAUAGAGAAGAAAUUUUCAGAAGCACCUGUAGUAAGGAUAAUUAAAAGAGGCAAAAUGAAAGAAAUACCGGAGAUACUGUUCCACCACUUUCCAGGCGGCAAUCACUUCAGUACUGAAAACAUUUCAGCGGCGUUUAUUGCUGCAGAAAACGGAUAUACAUACGCUUUAAAGCAACUGGUAGAUCACGGAGCGGAUAUUCACUUUCGCAUACCAACGUUUUCAAAUAUGUUAACGAUGCAUGACGCUGUGGAGAUAGCAUUUAAGUUCAAGCACUGGAAUUACGGGUUGCUAGACAUAGCAGCACAACAUGGGCAUACAGAAACAGUAAGAUUAAUUUUACACGAUGGCUUAUUCUCCUCUUAUAAGUUACAUGAACGAAAUGGAAUUAACCUCUCACCAUGGCAUCUUGCUUGCAUGUUUAAUCGUAGUGAAGUUGUUGAAGUGUUCUUACGGUUCAAUCGUUCUUUUGUGGACUGGAAAUGUUUAUACUUUGCAGCUGAAAAGGGCAAUGUUAAAAUCGUAAAACUCCUCUUAGAUGCAGGUAUUUAUGAUGAAUGUGUGUUAUGCACAAAUGAAUUAUACUGGAUUCCAAACGGCACAGCUAGAGUACAAGCAGACGUACACCAAGAAAUGAUUUCGAUGUACGUUCUGUUCGAUGACUGGAGCGAAUUGUCAUGUGAAUCUGCCUUACAUGCAGCUAUUCGACAGAACCACAUAAACAUUGUUAGAGAGUUGUUAAAGGAUAGCAAACAUUCAACGCUGCAUUGUUUAGACCGAGGAGGUCGUCCUCCGCUUAUCUCUGCACUUCAAAGUAAUCGUACUGAAAUGGUUGGACUUUUCCUUGAAGUGAGCAACGCACACAUAAUAAAAGUGCAAUGCCAGAAAGUGCCCUUGUUAAAAGACAAUCUGCAAAUAAACCGCAUAGAAUUGGUAAAAUUGAACCACAUGAAAUGCCGAGCCGGACACGGUACUGAGCAUGCCAUUCCGCCGAUGUCUGAGGUAUUACAAAAUAUUAUUGAUCAUACAAAUUUGGACUUUAACCGAAGAGACGAAGACGAGUGUUUACCUAUCCAUUAUGCAGCCUGUGGAAACAACGUUGAAUAUCUUCGCUUAUUACUGCAACAUCAUGAGAUGCUGUUUCAAAAUCUUCUUUGCUCUAAUAACACAAAUGCCUUGCAUUCAACGAUUCACUGUAAAGCAUUCGAUACCUUUACUUAUUUUAUCAAUUCGUAUGACAAAUUAAAGUCAAGGUCCGGAUUUGGACAAGAAAUGGAAGAAUAUGUGCUGUACCUGCUCAGACUAUCAAAUGACAAAGGGGAAUACGCAAAGGACGCCAUUGACAAAACAUGGAAAAAUAUGUUCAUACUUAUGAUUGAAAAGUUUCACGUUGAUAUUUCAAUAAUGUCAGAUGAGAAAGGUAAAAGUAUGCUCCACUAUAUUGUUAAGAACGGGCAUUUUGAAUUACUAGAUUAUCUGGUAGCAAAAAAGCACAAUCUCGUUUUGGAAUUACUACAAAGAGUUUCAUUAAAAGGAGAGUCACAAAUUCAAUAUCUAGCAAAAUACAUGCCUAAGCGCAAGUAUGUCCGAACUGAAUUAGUUUUUGAAAGUAGUUUGACACAUCCAGUUGAGCACGAUCAGAAAAAGCUUUCGGCCAGAGAAUACUGUUUUUCAUUAGCAUCUAGCUUUUUAACACGACAUGGGGUGUUUAAAACGGAAGAGAAGAUCGCUAUCUUGAAACACCUUCUUCGAAAACAAAGUUAUAAUUUAGCUGACAUUUACUUGAAAAACAUCAUGUCAACAGACCAGUUAUUUAAGUCAAAUGUGUUUCGUAUUAUUCUUCAUUUUGACAACAAUGGACAUAUUACAAAAAACUAUCUAUUACUUCUUUUACAUGACAUAGAGACUCAGCACAGACCUGAUUUCAAGAGAUAUGAUAUUUUGAUGUGUUCGACAUGCCAAGAACUACGCAAGAAGUGCUUAGUACAUAUGUUUACGCGUAAAAUAUCGCUAUUUGAAGAAAAUUUAAUUAGCAUUUUCGGCUAUGCAUAUGAAAAGAUAUAUUUUCGUGUAUUUGAACUUAUGAUUAAAUUGAUAGAUGAAGUAACCUUAUCAUCUUGUGUGGAUCAACAGGGAUUGAAUCUUUUAGAAUUAGCUAUAAACAGUAAAUCAGCAAUGUUGAUGAAGUUCUUUAUGGACAAAGGUGUUAAAAUCAAAUUUCCCCUGAGGAACUUUUAUUCGGCUCCUUUAUGGAGAAAGAAAGUGAGACAUUACAUAUGACCUUAGUUAAUGCAACCUCGUCUUUUCAGUGUAGAGAUAUGAUAGACUUUCAUUUCCUGACACAUAAACAAAUCAUAAACAUGAUAUUGAAUACAACAACGGCCACGAAAAGUGGUAUUCAAGAAAAAAAUGAGUUACUUAUCCUUAUGAUUAAAAAUGAAGUACAUUUUCUUUAUCAAAAUCCGUUUUUCAUUUCCGAAAGAAAUGAUCAUUUCUACGCAAACAUUAUUGAUAUUCACAAUACACGUAUAACGGAAUCAUUUGUUUGCAAAGAAAAUUCUGCAAAUUUCUCAUUUAUUCAUUUGUUGUCUCUACACGGCUAUUCAAACUCGAUAGAAACAUGCAUCAAGUACUUUGGAAAUGGUAUUUUAACUUGUUCAAAUAUUGAUCAUUUUACACCGUUAUAUCUUUCUCGUGUUUAUGACAAGACAGACAAAACUUUUAAUACUAUUUUGAAAAACAUGGACAACAAACAACUCGGAAACACAGAAUCGCAACUUGCGCAAGAAGGCAUAUGACGGCAAAUAUUAAUUGUUUAGUCUCUGAAGAAGGUAGGGUUAUUCUUGAAAAGUAUCACAUAUUUGAUACUCACAAAUAAGACCACAAAUAAGUGAAUGUGUAUUAAGACUGUGCAGAAAAAUAAGUUUUAUUACUCUUGACUUUUGUUUUAUUAUAGAUCGCUUGUAUAAUAUAGACAGUAGAGACUGUUUGGUUUUGUACAAAUAUGUGUCUUGAUGGAUCUAUAAAUAAUUAGUUUCCCCGUCAAACUAAGAUGAGACAUGUGUAUGUUGUUAUUGAUCAUUAUGUUGUUAAUAGUGUAAGAUUUCAUUACGUUGUUGUUAUUGUAAUAUGCCACUAUGCUGCUUUUAUUGUCAUAUGGCAGUAUGUUGUUGUUAUUGAAAUAUACAAUUAUGUUUUUGAUAUGCAUGAUCAUUCAUUUUUCUUUAAUAAAGUUACUUUGUACAUAGGAUAUUUAACUAUAAUGUUAAUGUGUUUUUGAAAAAAAAACUUUUUAUGUUCAAUACAUGUUGAAAUUGUGUAUAUUAUAAUUGCUUUUUCUGAUGAGAGUUUUAUGUGUUGCUGCUAUGUAUUAUCAUUAAUUUUCCUAGUGUCGAUUGCGCCCUAUCCCUGUGUCAUUAGACGUAGUCUACAUUUAAAGUUUUUGCUCCUGGGUUUGUCAUUUUUUCUGAUUUUAUUGCAUACCAAUAUUGAAUUGAUCAAUUGGAUGGUUAUUUAUUUUUGAUGGAUUUCAAUAUGAUUGUGACUAAUUACUUUGAUUGUUUAUAUGACAACCGAGGCCAAUAUUGAAAUGGAUAGAAAUCAAUGUACUUGUACCCUUUUGUAAUUUGAAUAUCAAUUUAUGAUUAUUUUGUGCAUACAUAACGGUAUGGGAAUAAAACGUUAGUUAUCUUUGUACUUUUAUGACGAGAUACUGUUUAUGUGUCAAAGGUCAAUAACUCAUCAUUUUCAUAUUUUUUUCUACAUUUUCUGGACAUAUUGUUUAGGUUUAAAUUAUUAUUCACGUCCCAAUGGCUGCCAAAAUAAGUUUGUAUUAAACAAUGUAGUACAGGGCGGUACCCUAGAAGAAAAUGUUUACUUUAUGUAAUAGGAAUUCAUCGUGUUUUUUUUUUAGUAGAGUAUGUUUUUGAGAAUACAGGUUCACAUAUUUAUAUGAGAACAUGGAGUCCAGUAAACCUCGGGUAGCCAGUAUAGGUAACCGAGAGCUCAUAUUCGAGUAGAAGGUCAGAACCCCGCCCACUUGGUCAUUUUGUUGGAUAGGUACUUUUACUAGACGAGAUACAGAUGUCAAUUUAAAACAUGUGUACAGUGCUAGGGAUAUUCAAUUCUAUUCUCAACCAUACUGCUUUGCUUUUAGAUUUCUACGAGUCGCUGUUUAGAAACACCUACCUAUGUGGUGAAAAUAUAAUAUCACUCACAAAAAUAAUAAUCAUAUUUGUUCUUUUACAUGUUUUAUUUUUAUCUAUAUAUUUGUAUAUUGGUUGUACUUGUACAUGCUCA